UCAGUGUUGAAUGUGUGUGGUACAGGAUAAACAUGUUUUAUCCAAUUUAGGAGCUGAAAAAGCACCAGCCGUUUGGUAAAAGUGAUCCUCAGGCGUUAGAACAGCACAGCUUCAGAACCAGAAGGCACUGGGCAAAUUGGUUUGUAACCAGUUCCACACUGGCAGACGGAGAAUGAAGUGUGCUUUAUAUCGGGGGGGGAAGGAGAGUAAAUAGCUUCGAGAUCAAGUGUACAUAAAGCAGCAUGUUCUACUGCAGGUCAAAAAUUAAUCUUCCCAUGAACAUACUACUGAAGCGGUAGAGACAAAAAUAAGGAAGAUUUCUUCCCCCAAACCAAGGACUCAUCAUGUCAUAUCAUUACAACGAAGCCUUUGAAAAUCCAGACUACCACUUCUCAGAAACGCUUGAGAUUGACAGAGGGAGGAAUUCUCAAAAGAAUCAGUUCUCUCACCCAAACCCUUACGAUUCUUCACCGAAUGGUUCCUACAGAGAGCACAGUGGUAGAGGACAGAACUACCCUCUGGACAUACCAAUGGCCUCCAUGAGACAUGGCUCUGAAUACAGCCCAAGUUUACCAAGAGUAGGUGUCCUAAGCAGAAAUCCGUAUGGAAAUUGCCAGGACAAUCCUUCCUUUGAGCCUGAGUCAGAACUGGCAUACAGCCCACCUUCUGCCUUCUAUCCACUGGAUCACCCAUAUACCCACAGGCUUUCCAAUGCAUCUGCAGUUAGCUUUAUUCAAAGACGCAACAGAAGAUCAGCUGAUGAGAUCUUCAUGACAUCUUGCGGCCUUUCCGAAACAGAUCAAGCGUAUAAAGAAGAAGCAAAGUUAGUUGGAAAUCUUGUAAGUAUGUCCACCCAUGAAAGGAUCAAAGCAAUCCAGAAGAUGCCAGAGACCAUGAAAAAAAAGAGAGAGAUCAGGAAUAAAGUUCUUAAAGAAAUAACAAAAAAAUCAGGGAGCCGCAGAAAUCAAUUGGACUGCUGUACACAGUGUCUGAACAGAGUGGCAGUGUCAUGUCGGCGAUUUAAGAAUAGCUUGUCAGAAUAUUUUCACCUACUUCAAUUAUGGCACAAGACUCUGAAGAUCAUUGGUGGCGAGUUUGGAACCAGUGUUCUUUCUUACUUUGUUUUCUUGAAGUGGCUGCUUACUUUCAACAUCUUCCCAUUCCUCAUAAACUUCAGUUUCAUAACAAUCCCUCAGUUUUUUGCAGCAGAACCGAAUAAUCUUUCAUUCACGGGUCUGGAGCUGAUCACUGGAGCUGGUUAUUUUCAAGAAACAGUACUCUACUAUGGCUUUUACACAAAUGCUACAAUCAGUAAGACAGAAAAUGGUGCAUCUUACAACAUGCAGCUGGCCUAUAUUUUCACUGUUGGAAUUUACUUUGUCAUCUGUUUGUUUAGCUUGGUGUUCAGCAUGGCAAAAUCCUUCCGCAAGAACUUCAUUGACCCUCAGGCAUACCCUGGAAAUGCUAUCAAACUUGUCUGCACUUGGGAUUUCAAUAUAACUAACGAAAAAGCUGUGAAGCUGAGGCAAAAGAAUCUCAGCACACAAAUAAAGGAAGCCCUCUUUGAAGUAAGCCAAGAAGUUCUGAAUUUCUCUCUUAAGGAGAGAGUUGUUCGUAUUAUUAUUCAUCUUGCUUCUUGGGUUGCUUCCUUUGGAACCACAGUAGCUGCUUGUGCCGGUGUUUACUUCCUCUCCAUUAAUAAUCUAAAGCUGUUCAUGAAAGAGCAUAAAAAUGACCUGGAGAGCCAAGCUGCUAUGUUGGUGCUACCCGUUGUUGCAUCUCUCCUCAAUUCAUUCAUCCCGUUCUUCUACUCGUGGCUUGGACUCCUGGAGAAAUUUCAGAAUCCCAGACACCAGAUAUAUGUCACUAUUACCAGAAAUAUCAUCCUGAAGAUAUCAAUUGUUGGAAUACUGUGCUACUACUGGCUUUACAUUGUGGCUGCAUCAGAGUCACAGUGCUGGGAAACUCUGGUUGGUCAAGAUAUCUAUCGUCUUGUUCUGGUUGACUUCAUAUUUUGUCUGCUUGGCUGUUUCUUUGGAGAAUUUGUACGAAGAAUUAUUGGAACUACAGUCUGUGUAAGCCUGGGGGUGCCGGAAUUUGAUAUUGCACGAAAUGUUUUAGAUUUGAUCUAUGCACAGACUUUGACCUGGAUUGGUAUCUUCUUCUCGCCUCUGCUGCCUGGUAUCCAGAUGAUAUCGUUUUCUAUAGUAUUUUUUGUGAAAAAGGUCAGUCUGAUGAUGAAUUGUCAACCCCCCCACAAGGUCUGGAGAGCUGCUCAAAUGACAACACUCUUCAUCUUCCUGCUGUUCUUCCCGUCCCUCGUUGGAGUCCUGUCUGUCAUUGCAGUCACUGUCUGGAGGUUAAAACCUUCAAAAGAAUGUGGUCCUUUCAGGGGGUUAUCUUCGAUGUAUGCUGCAAUCUCCGAAUGGAUAGAAAUACUGAAAAAUUACCCUGGCUCAAAGUGGAUAGUGUGGAUCUACCAAAACUUACUUCGAAGUGAACUGUUCUUCUUCAUCCUGUCUACCUUUCUCCUAAUUAUUACAUAUCUUUACUGGCAAAUAACAGAAGGAAGAAAGACCAUGGUCAAGCUCUUAUGUAAGCAAAUUGUUAAUGAAGGAAAAGAUAAAAUGUUUUUACUUGAAAAACUACGGGCACUACAAGCGACAACACAAAACCUAUUUUCACCAAGAGGACAAGACCAGCAGAGAAGCUCUGCUUCAUACCGCUCAUCUACACGACCUGUGCAGCACAUGCCAAACUACCUAGAAAGGACAUUUGACAGAAAUCAAAAUGCAUCCUACGAUGAGUUUUCCUAUUCUCCUGAGAUCUUGGAGGGGAUUGGCCUUCCACUGGAUGCAGAGACAUCCCUGCCAAGUAGCAGGACAGGGGUGUCAGAAGCACUGGAACUUGCUCUGCGUGCCAGACAACAAGCUGAAGAAGAUGAAGAUGAUGACAAGGAUUUUUGACUGUGGUUGCACAGAAUGAGCAAUGAAUGUUAAUAGUCACUGACUGACGUUCUGCAGAAAGUAAUACGGUUUUGCACUAAUGUCUGAAAGAACCAUUAAAAUAUUUUUGGAGUAUUUUUUCCCAAAUGGAAUAAAAAUUCAAAAAAUGGAUUGCAAAAUGCACCCUAAUUGCAGUUUAUUAUAUGACAGGGAAUGUACUGCAUGUUUGGUUUGGAAGUAGUGCGAUUCUGGUGAUGAUAAGCCUUCACCCAGGACUGAUUUGCAUCAGUACAAUAGAAGUCAUUUGUUGUUGACUAAACAUAGGGAUACUUGUGCCUAAUUGUAAAUAAAACUUUGGUCUGAAAGUCUUGAGAUAUAUAUAUAUAUAAAAUAUAUAUAAUUAUUAAUUAUAUUGUUCAAACUGUUUUUAUCUGAUCUAACCAAAAAAUGGAGUAUUGGUCAAAUAAAGAUAGAGGAAAAUUAAA